UGCUGCCCGAAACAUCGUUGCCACGCAAUGAGUCCGGUGGAGUGUUGAUCUGAUCUGCCUUUUUGCUAAUGGUAUCCUGGACCGUGAGCAGGCUUCGAGUGACUACGAGAAGCAGGUAUAAGUUCAUCUUGACGGGCCACUUUUCUGCAGACGAUCCAGCAGUAACAGUUCUGAUCUGAGGAUCCAUCAUCAAUACGACCAUACCCCGACUUUAACCAUGCGAUUUCUCAGCAUCCUCGGCGGCAGCCUUGUGCUGAGUCCGACUCUUGCACAAGUCGCGCCUGUAGUGUCUCCAAUCGGUGUCUCGGCUUCGUAUUUCGACAUUGACGAGGUGUCACUUACCAGUAGUCGCUUCAUGGACAAUCAAAACCGGACAUUGAGCUACCUUAAAGCCAUCAAUCUCGACCGGAUGCUCUACGUCUUCCGCUCCACGCACAAGCUGUCUACCAAUGGUGCAGCUCCAAAUGGAGGGUGGGAUGCUCCCAACUUCUCCUUCAGGAGUCAUGUGCAAGGGCACUUCCUGUCGGCUUGGGCACAAUGCUACGCGCAGUUGAAGGACACCACCUGCAGAACCCGAGCUACUUCAUUUGUCGCGGAGCUUCUCAAGUGCCAGAACAAUAAUGCCGCUGCAGGCUUUAGCGCAGGCUACGUCUCCGGCUUUCCUGAAUCUGAAUUUGACAAGCUCGAGAGUGGUACCCUGUCGAAUGGAAAUGUCCCUUACUACGCCAUUCACAAAACCUUGGCUGGCCUGCUCGACGUAUACCGAUGGAUCGGUGAUCAAAACGCGAAGACGGUUCUGUUGGCUUUUGCCGGCUGGGUCGACCAGCGCACGAGCAAGCUUACCACCGACCAGAUGCAGAAGAUUCUUCAGACGGAGUUUGGUGGUAUGAAUGAGGUUAUGGCAGACAUUUACCAUCAAACUGGCGAGAAGAAGUGGCUGAAAGUAGCUCAACGCUUCGAUCACGCUGCUGUCUUUGAUCCUCUGGCGUCCAAUGAAGAUCAACUGAAUGGUCUCCAUGCCAAUACUCAGGUGCCAAAAUGGAUUGGGGCUGCGAGAGAGUACAAGGCGACAGGUACUUCUCGUUAUGCAGACAUCGCAAGGAACGCAUGGGCCUUGACCGUAAACGCGCACACCUACGCCAUCGGCGCCAACAGCCAGGCUGAGCACUUCCGUGCGCCCAACGCCAUCGCCGCCUACCUAAAUCAUGACGCUGCUGAGGGUUGCAACACGUACAACAUGCUGAAGUUGACUCGCGAAUUGUUCGUAAUCGACCCCAACAACGCUAAAUACUUUGACUUCUACGAGCAAGCUUUGAUCAAUCACAUGCUGGGUCAGCAAGACCCAUCCCAAGCUCACGGGCAUAUCACCUACUUCACCUCACUCAAUCCUGGAGGCAAGCGCGGUGUUGGUCCAGCGUUAGGCGGAGGCACUUGGUCCACAGACUACGACUCCCAUUGGUGCUGCCAGGGUACCGGUCUUGAGACCAAUACUAAAAUGCAGGACUCGAUCUACUUCUACGAUAUCUCCAAUAUAUAUAUCAACCUGUUCAUCCCUUCUGCGGUCAACUGGAAGGCCAAGAGUGUUUCUGUCAGCCAGUCCACAACCUUUCCAGCAGGCGACACGACUACCUUGACCGUCACUGGAAGCGGAAAUUGGGCAAUGAAGAUUCGCAUCCCAGGUUGGACAAAGGGUGCUUCGAUCGCAGUCAACGGUGCAACACAGUCAAUUACCGCCAACCCUGGCACCUAUGCAACGCUGUCACGUACAUGGAAGUCUGGCGACACGGUAACGAUUAAGCUUCCCAUGAGCCUGCGCGUCAUUCCAGCAAACGAUAAUAAGAACAUCGGAGCUCUCGCAUACGGACCUUCAAUCUUGUCUGGCAACUACGGUACAAGCACACUCUCAGCAAAUCCCAAGCUGGACCUUGGUUCGGUGAAGCGAACAGGCAGUACAGGUCUUUCUUUCACAGGUACUGCGGAUGGUACGGCUAUCAAUAUUGGACCUUUUUAUGAUGCACAGGGCUUCAACUAUGUGGUGUACUGGGCGACUAGCGGCUCUCUUCCGAGCAAGACAUUGUAGAUCUAUGAGGCGCAGUAUCAUAUUCUGCUGAGUGUCUCCGCACGCUCGAGAAUUUGGCCAUUAUAGUGCACUUACCUUAGAUCAGAGAGCUCCUGUAGCACAACAUCACACAACACGAAUAGCAGAUAGC